AUGGCCAUGACGAACCUCGCUCUAGCACUGGAGAAAAAUGCGGCAGAAGUAAAUUUCACAAUCUAUGCUGACGAUAUUUCUAUCUGGACGGCAACAGGGGAAGCUAAAACACAAGAGGAACUCUUGCAAAAAGGACUUGACAUCACAGUUGGGUUCCUUAAGGAAACCGGGAUGAAGAUCUCGGUUGAAAAGACAAACUAUUUGGUUGUUGCAAGCAAAAAAGCCAGGCAGCAGAACAUCGGUGACACCAUCUGCCUCCAGAUUGAAGGAACGAGUGUCGAGGGAAAGCCCAGCAUAAAAAUUCUUGGACUAACCUUUGAUGAAACCGGAGGCGCUCAUAACUGGGUAAAACAAACGCAAUCUCAUUGGAAACAGGGACUCAGUUUUAUAAAGAGAACGACUAACAAGGCGUGGGGAGCAAACGAGAGUGCCUUGAAGAAUAUGAUACGAGCACUGCUCAUUACCAGAGUCAUGUACGGGUUCAAUUUUCUGCGGCUAAGAAAAACCCAGAUAAGAAAGCUGGAGAUACUUAACCAUUCAGCCAUGAGAGUGGUUACUGGGCUGCCCAAGUACACCAGACUUACGGAUUUAAGAAGCGCCGCUCAGAUGAACUCCCUCGAGGAUAUUGCAAAAGAAAGCGAGGAGAAGUCAACUCGACAGACUCGAAAGAUCACCCGCCGGCCUUAUCAUCCUCCAAAUGCUCGGAAAGACACCACAACAAAGCCUCCACAUCGCAUCACCGAACCCUCCCUGGGAGGAUGA